GGAGCCGGGCGGCGGUGAGGCGGCGGCGGCUGAGGCUGCCCUCGGACAGGAUGGCGUUCAGCAAGGGGUUCCGGGUCUACCACAAGCUGGACCCCCCGCCCUUCAGCCUCAUGGUGGAGACCCGGCACCGGGAGGAGUGCCUGCUGUUCGAGUCCGGGGCGGUGGCCGUGCUCUCUUCUGCAGAAAAGGAGGCAAUCAAGGGUACAUACUCCAAAGUGCUGGAUGCGUACGGACUCCUCGGUGUCUUACGACUCAAUCUGGGCGACACCAUGCUGCACUACCUGGUCCUCGUCACCGGCUGCAUGUCCGUGGGGAAAAUCCAGGAAUCUGAAGUGUUCCGAGUGACUUCCACCGAAUUCAUACCCCUGCGAGCCGACCCCGACGAGGACCGCGUGUCCGAAGUGCGCAAGGUGCUGAGCUCGGGGAGCUUCUACUUCGCGUGGUCUGCCUCGGGGGCCAGUCUGGACCUGAGUCUGAGCGCCCAUCGCAGCAUGCAGGAGCACACGACCGACAACAGGUUCUUCUGGAACCAGUCCCUGCACCUGCACCUGCAGCACUACGGCGUGAGCUGCGACGACUGGCUGCUGCGCCUCAUGUGCGGCGGCGUCGAGGUCAGGACCAUCUACGCGGCCCACAAGCAGGCCAAGGCCUGCCUCAUCUCCCGGCUGAGCUGCGAGCGCGCCGGCACCCGGUUCAACGUCCGGGGCACCAACGACGACGGCCACGUCGCCAACUUUGUGGAAACGGAGCAGGCCGUGUACCUGGAUGGCUCUGUUUCCUCCUUCAUCCAGAUCCGGGGCUCGGUCCCGUUGUUCUGGGAGCAGCCAGGCUUGCAGGUGGGCUCGCACCGCGUCCGGAUGUCCAGGGGCUUUGAGGCCAACGCGCCCGCCUUUGACAGGCAUUUUAGGACACUGAAGACGCUGUAUGGCAAACAAAUAGUGAUAAAUCUGCUUGGCUCCAAGGAAGGGGAACAUAUGCUGAGCAAGGCCUUCCAGAGCCACCUGAAGGCCUCGGAGCACGCCGCCGACGUGCACAUGGUGAGCUUCGACUACCACCAGAUGGUGAAGGGCGGCAAGGCCGAGAAGCUGCACGGCGCCCUCGGGCCUCAGGUCCGGAAGUUCCUUGAUUAUGGCUUCUUCCAUUUCGACGGAAACGACGUUCGAAGGUGCCAGAGUGGGACUGUCCGCACCAACUGCUUGGACUGCCUGGACAGGACCAACAGUGUGCAGGCCUUCCUGGGCCUGGAGAUGCUGGCCAAGCAGCUGGAAGCCCUCGGCUUGGCUGAGAAGCCCCAGCUGGUGACUCGCUUUCAGGAGGUUUUCCGCUCCAUGUGGUCGGUGAACGGUGACUCCAUCAGUAAGAUCUACGCCGGGACCGGGGCUCUGGAAGGCAAGGCCAAGGCUGGGAAGUUAAAAGAUGGUGCUCGCUCUGUCACUAGAACGAUUCAGAAUAACUUCUUUGACAGCUCCAAGCAAGAGGCCAUUGACGUUUUGCUCCUGGGAAACACUCUAAAUAGUGACUUAGCUGACAAAGCGCGAGCACUUUUAACCACUGGAAGUUUGCGUGUUUCUGAGCAGACAUUGCAAUCAGCCUCUUCCAAAGUCCUGAAGAGCAUGUGCGAGAAUUUCUACAAGUAUUCCAGGCCCAAGAAGACCCGCGUGUGCGUGGGCACCUGGAACGUCAACGGCGGGAAGCAGUUCCGCAGCAUAGCGUUCAAGAACCAGACGCUCACCGACUGGCUGCUCGACGCGCCCAAGCUGGCGGGCAUCCCGGAGUUUCAAGAGAGAAGAAGUAAGCCGACAGACAUAUUUGCGAUUGGGUUUGAGGAGAUGGUGGAGCUGAAUGCGGGGAACAUCGUGAAUGCGAGCACCACGAACCAGAAGCUGUGGGCCGCGGAGCUGCAGAAGACCAUCUCCCGGGACAACAAGUACGUGCUGCUGGCCUCUGAGCAGCUGGUGGGCGUCUGCCUGUUCGUCUUCAUCCGCCCGCAGCACGCGCCCUUCAUCAGGGAUGUCGCCGUGGACACGGUGAAGACGGGAAUGGGCGGCGCCACGGGCAACAAGGGAGCGGUGGCCAUCCGCAUGCUGUUCCACACGACCAGCCUCUGCUUCGUGUGCAGCCACUUCGCGGCCGGGCAGUCCCAGGUCAAAGAGCGGAACGAGGACUAUGUGGAGAUCGUGCGCAAGCUGAGCUUCCCCAUGGGAAGGAUGCUCUUCUCCCAUGACUACGUGUUCUGGUGCGGCGACUUCAACUACCGCAUCGACCUCCCGAAUGAGGAGGUGAAGGAGCUCAUCAGGCAGCAGAACUGGGACGCCCUCCUCGCCGGGGACCAGCUGAUCAGCCAGAAGAACGCCGGGCAGAUUUUUAGAGGAUUUUUAGAAGGAAAAGUAACCUUUGCUCCGACAUAUAAAUAUGAUUUGUUUUCUGAAGACUAUGACACCAGUGAAAAGUGCCGCACCCCUGCUUGGACUGACCGCGUCCUCUGGAGGAGGAGGAAGUGGCCUUUUGAUCGAUCAGCCGAGGACCUGGAUCUGAUCAACGCCAGCUUCCAGGACGGAAGCCAAAUCCUCUACACGUGGACCCCGGGCACGCUGCUGCACUACGGGCGGGCCGAGCUGAAGACCUCCGACCACAGGCCCGUGGUCGCCCUCAUCGACGUCGACAUCUUCGAGGUGCAGGCCGAGGAGAGGCAGAGCAUCUACAGGGAGGUCCUGGCCGAGCAGGGCCCGCCCGACGCCACGGUGCUGGUCUCCGUCCGGAGCUCGGGGCCAGAGAGCAGCUGCUUCGAUGACGCUCUGAUCGACGAGCUUCUGCAGCAGUUUGCGAAUUUUGGUGAAGUAAUUCUCAUAAGGUUUGUAGAAGAUAAAAUGUGGGUGACGUUUCUGGAGGGAAGUUCGGCCUUGAGUGUGCUGGGCCUCAGUGGUAAAGAGUUCCUGGGCCGGGCUGUGACCAUCACUUUGAAAAGCCCCGACUGGAUCAAGAAUCUGGAGGAAGAAAUCAGCUUAGAGAAGAUUAACGUGCCCUUGCCUUCGUCCACCAGCUCCACACUGCUGGGCGAGGACGUGGAGGUGGCGGCGGACUUCGACCUGGAAGGGGACGUGGAUGAGGACAACGCCGAGGUGGAGGAGGCGCUUCCCCAGCACCUGCAGCCGUCCCCUGGCUCCGGCCUCUGCGCGUCCCCCAGCUCCUCCCCGCGGACCAGCCCCUGCCAGUCGCCCACCAUAGCGGACGUCCCGCUGCCCUCCCUGCCCGUCAGGCCGAGCCGGACCGCAUCCAGGACUCCGGAUUACCGAGUGCCCUUACAGAGUGCUGCUCCAGGCUCUCCCGUGGACACCCCGCCAGCUGCACAGCCCGAGAAGGACGCUCCGCAGGCCCUGGAGCCCAAGCGGCCGCCGCCUCCCCGCCCGGGGGUCCCUCCUGUGCGGCCAGCGCCCCCGCAGCGACCACCUCCGCCUUCAGGGGCCAGGAGUCCUGCGCCUGCCAGGAAGGAGCUUGGAGAUGCGCGUGGGAUGCCUGUGCCAGGCCGCAGCCAGCCUUCCCCUCCAGCAGGACUCAUGGGGCCAGCACCCGCUGGACACGGCGCUGCCAGACCGAUCAUCCCGCCCCGCGCCGGGGUCAUCAGCGCCCCGCAGAGCCUGGCCCGGGCGUCCGCCGCGUCUGCCGGGAGGCUGGCUGCCGAGAGCCAGGGCGGAGCCUCCGAGGUCCCCAGAGGUUCACCUCUUCUUCCUGAGCCCCUGAAACCGCAGGCCACCCCGCCGGCUCCCAAGAUGCAGGAGCCCCUGGUCCCAACAGCAGCCCCGCUGCCUCAGGCCGCCCCCCCGCCCGGCCUGGAGACGCCGCCCCAGCCCCCGCCGCGGAGCAGGUCCUCCCACAGCCUGCCCUCCGAACCCCCCGCGCAGCCGCAGGUGAACCCCAACGGCGUCCCCCCUGCCAGGCUGGACUCGCCCUCGAAGAUCGACCCGUUUAAAGACCUGUCACUUAGUCUGCUUGCCCUGCCGCAGGCCCAGCCGCCCGUGCACCCCACCCCUGUCCUCACGGGGGUGGUCCCCCUGCCUCCUGCCACCCACAAUAACAUCAGCAUUUCGAGUUCCGUGAGCUGCAUGCCGGCGCUGCCUCCACUUCCCGCUCGGAGCAGAUCCCAGGAGAACCCGGGAUGCGCUCUGAACCCGUUCGCCCCGGCCUUCCCCAGCUCGGACCUCUUUGCCGACAGGACCAACCCGUUCAGAGGCCCGUCCAGGGACGCGGAGGCGGCCGUGCGGCCCGUGGAGCCCGUCCCCCACGCUCCCUUCCCUGCUCCCGGGCCUCAGGGCCAGAGCAGCGGCCCGCCCCCUCCCCAGCCCCACGGCUCCCAGGACAGCACUCACCUGCAGGCCCAGGCCACGGCGAGCCCCCACCCCCCGCGGGGGUGGGUGACCUUCGAGGAAGAGGACUUCGGUGUGAGAGCCAAGGCGAAGGCAGCUGGUCCGGACCCCCUGGGCCCUUGGCCAGGCCCGUCCUCGGGCCCGGGCGUGGCCUUCGGCGAUGACGGGGGGACAGGGACAGGUGUCCCCCUCUGCGCGCUGCCCUCGCGGAGGCCGCCCCCGCCUCCCAGCUCUGCGCUCCCCGCCGGCCCUGCCCCUCCAGCCGACCCUUUCUCCGCGCUGGCCCCGGUGGCUCCCGCUCCAGACUUCACAGAAAGAUAGCCACAGGCCACGCUCGGUGCUGGGCAGAGCGAGACCCGCAUUGUUCUCCGUUACGUGCAAUAGUCCCUGUUCCUGCACCGACGCCCAGAAAUCCGUGUCCUGUGUACAGAGUGGGAGUGUGUGUACUGGAAUAGGGAAACCUCCUCAUUAUCACUGCGUCCGGUGUGUUUCUGUGGGGGAACGAGCAGUAGCCACAAGUGCUCAGAACCACUCCGGAAAGGAGACCCACUCAGCCUCUUCCUGCCUCCCCAGAGCCUCAGGAGGCCCCACACCCCCGCGGCCUGGCUCUGCGCUCCCGAGCAGUCACCAAGAGCUGGCCGCGUGGCGCUGACACGGGAUCGGAGAGGCAUCGCUGUAAGGAAAGGGAGUGCACACGUGCACACGUGUGGUGUGAGCACUCACAUUCUAACACGUCACCUAAACCAGACCAAAUCUGUAUCUAAAGGCGCUGCGAUUCUCUCUCCAAUAUUUCAUUAUCAGAAGGGUGGCUGUUAGUGAAAUUUGGACAUUUAAUUUUUCCCCCAAACUAGAAUCAUCCUCACUCCUGAAACAGCAUUUUCUCUCCUUGCAGGAACUCGCUCUCACACACACACGCCCCUUGGUACUUUCUGUCCAGGUCCCUGUCCUGCAGACACUCCAGCCCUCUCUGAGGAGCGGGUGGCGUGUGUCUGCAAGGCACGUGCUGUGGGUUCAGUGAGAAAUUCAGCGCCAUGUCCCCUCUGUACACGGUGUGUGUUGCUCCCUCCAUCUCCCACCCGCUGCUCUGCCUCUGGAGCUUCCUCAGCCGGGAGAGCAGCUGCGGGGUGAGCAGGGCGCUCUGCACUGCGUCUCCCCUGCAGGUGUCUCUCCCUGCGGAGGCUGCGGGCCCGCGGGGCGCCCGCCAGGCGGUGGAUUCCCUCCUGCUCUGCUGGUCCGUGACCCCGCUUCAUGAAGCACGUGGAAUUUCAGAAUGCAGUAUUUUGAUAUCAUUAAGUAAUCCCAACCAGGAAAUCCUUGGGCGGUGGUUUUGUUGUAAAUUUAAGCUGAAGUCAUCGGUACCCAGUAAGACUCACAUUAAUGCUCCUUUCUGUCAAGCGUUCUAUUUGUCCACCUAAACCCCUGUCCUCACUGAACCUUGACUGUGUGCCCGGGGCAUAGCAGGAAGCGGGGUCCGCGGUGCGAGUGGAAGAGCACAGAACUGCAUUGCACUCGGCCACAGAAAGCAAAUCCCUGGGGAAAGUGCUUUUCUGGCUGCUUAAACGUUACCAGCAUACUCCAUUUACAGACGGAAUCCUCCGUCCUCAGCCAGUAACUCCUGUGAGUUUUGUUGUGCUUUUUGAGGUUCUAAGCAUUUCAGCAUCAGUGUAUCGUAAACAGCAGUAUUCCUCUAAGUGGGACGCUUCACACGUGAACUACCUUGUCCUAAUGGUGGCUUUAGCUUCUAUGUGACCCGUGUGUGGUGUUUGCUCUCUAUUAGCCAAGCAAUUCCUUACGGCGGCCGCUCUGAGUGCUCCUGGCGAUCCCGCACACGCCUGAAGCACACCGAGCAGCAGCGGCCUCAGUCCGGACAUAUUCGGCAGGGUGCUGCAAGGGCACAGAGCUGUGGGAGCCAAAGGUAUGCUGCGAGAACAGCCAUUACUCUGUCUUACUGAAACCUUUACCAGUUCCAUUAAAAACAGGCAGAAGUCAGACAGUGAGGAGCUCUGUGAAUUCUUUGUUCUCCACAGCAGAUUGCUGUUCAUAUGUAAGAGCUUUAUUGCGUAUGUGGCACACGAUAUUUAUAAUGUACUUUCUAGGAGUCUAUAUUACAGUCAGUGGUGUACAUCCUGUACAGAUCCUGUGAAAUGUGCUGUCAUGUGAAAUAAACAGACCUUCUCUACCGUACCGA